UUCGUUGCAGUUUUUCGGUUGCUAUGGAAGCUUUGUAAACAAAACAAAAGAGGAAAACCACCUUGCAAGAAACCAACCAAGAAACAACACAUACAGACAUUUUAUUUAAAAUGCAGUUGCAAUAGAAGAUCAAGGAAAAUGCGUGGAGUGCUGAAAUGGCUAGAACGCAUUGAGUUUCCCAAUGCCAAGGAGGAGGAGACCAGUGUCCAUAGCGUUUGCUAUGCUCCCGAUGGCAGUCAAUUGGUAGUUGCCGCUGGGGAACGUCUUUUGAUCUAUGAUCCCACCGAUGGAUCUCUGCUAAAUACUCUUAAGGCUCACAAGGAUACUGUAAAUUGUGUGGCCUAUUCUAGAGAUGGCAAACGUUUCGCUAGCGGGGCGUCUGACAAAAUGGUGAUUGUAUGGUCACCUCAAUUGGAAGGUCUUUUGAAGUACUCCCACGGCGAUUCUAUUCAAUGCAUGAGCUUUAAUCCCGUCUCGCAUCAUUUGGCCUCCUGUUCCAGCUCAGAUUUUGCUUUUUGGUCGGCAGAUCAGAAGGCAGUGCAGAAGUAUAAGAUCUCGUCCAGGGUUAAUGGUUGCUCUUGGACCAAUGAUGGUCAAUAUUUGAUUCUGGGUCUGGCAAAUGGUUCGAUUUCGAUCCGAAACAAACUCGGCGAGGAAAAGGGACGCAUCGAUCGUCCAGGAGGAGCACAGAGCACUGUUUUCAGUGUUCAGUGCUGUCCGGCUGGUGCCAAUGGAGGAGGUUCUGCUGGCGGUAAUGUAGACACAAUAGGAGUGGUUGAUUGGAGUCAAUCAUUGUCAUUUCAUACACUCAGUGGUCAGAUGAUAGGCAAGGAAAGAGCCCUGGGCUUUGAUCCGUUGUGUCUGCAAUACUUCCCCAAUGGUGAAUUUUGUGUGGUCAGUGGAUGCACUGGUAGCCUUCACUUUUUCACCCGAGAGGGAGUACGCCUGGGUAUAUUGGGUGACAAUUUCGAAUCUUGGAUAUGGUCGGUGGCCGUGCAUCCUAAUGGCCAAUCCUAUACCAUUGGCUGUCAAGAUGGCACCUUGGCCUGCUUCAAUAUUGCCUCCAGCACAGUUCAUGCCUUAUAUCGGGAGCGUUAUGCCUUUCGUGAGAAUAUGUGCGAUGUCAUUAUACAACAUUUGAUCUCUGGCCAAAAAGUUCGAAUUAAAUGCCGUGAUCUAGUACAGAAAAUAGCGAUCUAUCGCAAUCGCUUGGCCGUUCAAUUACCUGAGCGUGUUGUGCUCUAUGAGCUGAGCUCUGGAGAGGAUCAGCCCAUGCACUACAAGGUCAGAGAAAAGAUUCAACAGAAAUUCGAUUGCAGUUUGCUGGUGGUUUGCGGCCGUCACAUUGUCCUGUGCCAGGAGAAGCGUUUGCAGUGUUUGGAUUUUUUCGGCUCACUACAGCGCGAAUGGAUUAUGGAUUCGUUCAUUAGGUACAUUAAAGUCACUGGUGGACCAGCUGGCAGAGAAGGCCUAAUGGUGGGCCUAAAGAAUGGUCAAGUUUUUCGUAUAUUCCUCAACAAUUCUCUGCCCCUGCUGAUCACAACAGCUGUUUCGGCGGUUCGCUGUUUGGAUAUCAAUUCGAAUCGCAGCAAAAUCGCUGUAGUAGAUGACGCUGGACGUCUGGUGGUAAGAGAUAUCGUCAAUGACACCAUCCUUUAUCAGGAUUCUGGGGUUAACAGUGUGACCUGGAACACCCAUUUGGAUAGCAUGCUAUGCUACACGCAUACAACGGGCGGAUUAAGUGUUCGUGUGGGCAAUCUACCACCACGUGCACCACAGAAUAUGCAUGGCGUUGUGGUGGGCUUAUGUGGAGCGACUGCAUUUUGCCUACGCGGAAAUAUUAUGCAUAAUACUCCAUUGGCUCUUGGAGCAACCAUGUGGCAGUUCAUUGAGGCCGGACUCUUUGAGGAAGCCUAUCAGGUGGCCUGUUUGGGUGUUACCUCAAGUGACUGGGAGGGCUUAGCCCAAUCCUCGCUAGAAGCUUUACACAUUAAUAUUGCACUGCGUGCGUAUGUGAAAGUACGAAAUCUACCGUGGCUCAAGUUAAUUGGUGAAUUGCGUGAACAGCAGCAACGUUCGUCGGUGUCCAAAGAAGUCCUCCUCGCCGAGAACUGUGCCUUCUCGGGGAAAUUCAAGGAGGCAGCUCGUCUCUAUCUCAAAUGUGGUCAAUCGCAGCGUGCCUUGGAGAUGUAUACCGAUUUGCGAAUGUUCGAUCUGGCCCAAGAGUAUCUUAAAGAUGGUUCCGACCAGGAGAAAAGAGAAUUGGUACGCAAGCGUGCUGAAUGGGCUUAUGCCGUAAAAGAGCCGAGAGCAGCAGCAGAAUUGUUACUCUCGGCGGGUGAACAUCAAAAGGCCAUUGAUAUAGUGGCCGAACAGGGAUGGGCCGAUGUUCUUUACGACAUUGGCCGACGUCUGAGUCUCAGUGAACGUGAAGCCCUUGAGUCUGUGGCAUUCAAUUUAAAAAACUUGAAAGCAUUGCCCUUGGCAGCGGAGGUCUUCAAGAAACUUGGCAAUGAGGCUCAAGUGGUGCAACUUCAUGUGGAAGUGCAAGAUUGGCCGGAAGCCUUUCGUUUGGCCGAAUCUUUGCCAGAGUUAAUGCCGCAAGUCCAUUAUCAGCAUGCCCAGUGGCUGGCUGAAACAGAUCAGUUCAUUGAAGCGCAUCAGGCUUACCUAAAGGCUGGGCGAACUAAGGAUGCCAACAGGCUAUUGAAACAGUUAAGCAACUCGGCCAUAGCAGAAGAACGUUAUUUGGAUGCCAGUUACUUUUAUUGGCUAAUGGCCAAGCAAUAUUUAGAUAUCUAUCAUGAUAAAGAGGAUCAGCAACCCAUUGAUCAUCACCUGAAUGAGUACAAAAAUCAUUUACGCAUAGCCAAGGUCUAUUAUGCCUUUAGUGUCAUCUAUAAUUAUAUGAAAGAACCCUUCACUACACACUCCCCAGUGAGUUUAUUUAAUGUCAGUCGGUUCAUUAUCAAUGAAGUGGAGCACAAGGGUGUGCCCAAAGGAGUUAGCAUGUUUUCGAUUCUAUUCACUUUGGCCAAACAGGCCAAGUUUCUGCAAGCGAAUAAAUUGUGCCUGCUUAUUAAUAAGAGAUUGCAAUCCUUAAAGCCUCCAGCCGGAGUGCAGGAACAGAUUGAUUUAAACUUCUUGAACAGCAAAGCCUGUAAGAUUGGGUUCAAUGAUCCGGAAGAACUAUUACCUUUAUGCUAUAAAUGCUCAAAUUAUAGCCAACACUUGAAUAGCAAUUGCUGUCCCACCUGUCGGCAGGAUUAUAUUUUCUCAUUUGUUUCAUUUGAGAUCUUACCUUUAGUACAAUUUUAUCCGGAAGUGGAUAUCACAGAUUUAGAGGCGGAGCGUCUAUUGUUGGCACCAUCUAAAAGUCCAGAAGAUGCAGAUCCUUUCAGUGAAGAUGUGGCUAGUGCAUUGCCUUUAAGUUUGGAUCGGACUGCAUUAAGAGCCAUUGAUCCGAAUCAUGUGCUCAUACUUAAGCGUCGGAACAAGAAUGUGAGGAAUAUAUAUUAUCGAAAUAUAUUGCCAGAUCUGCAAGUCACCUAUUGUCCUCAAUGUUUGCUGCUAUUCUAUGCUGAGGAUUUUGAACUGCAGGUUCUGCAGAAGGGACAUUGUCCCUUUUGUCGUACAGCCUCAGAGAAACUUAUGGAAGACUUUUGAUGAAGCACGCCUUAAAGUACAUUUUUUAGUUAAAUAUAUUUAUAUAUAUUUAUACAAAUAGGAUCACAUAGUAGACUUUGUACAAUUUUUUCUUUAGUUUAUGACCAAGUUUCCUCUUGAUAUCGACGCCUCUUUAUCAUCUCGUCUAUAUAGUCCGAGUCCCCAUCCAGUGACUCAAUAAAUGCCUCCUUUACAGAUUUGGGCAUGCUGUUCGAACUGCCCACGACAUAGACCGAGGCAUUUUGUUUCUUAA